GAUCAAUUACUUUAUAUUUCAUAUAUGGAUCCAGAUACCCCUCCCACAGAAUCAGCUCCCUCUGCUUUCAAUUACAUCCUCUCCUUCGUCCUCGUCGGAAUCGCCUGGGGCUUCACAACACCAUUCAUCCGACGCGCCGCAGUCGACUUUAACAAAAGACAAGAAGAUACAAAUCAAUCAUCAGCCGACGAUGAUUCACAACUGCAACAGCAGAGAAGAGGAAUGUUAGAUAUUAAAAAGAAAGCAAUCGCUCUGUUUUGGACGGUAGCUAAUCUUUUACGAACGCCGGCUUAUGCGAUUCCAUUGGUGGUGAAUUUGACGGGGAGUGUGUGGUUUUUCUUACUUGUUGGGAAGCAUGAACUCUCGUUGACAGUCCCCAUAUCGAAUUCAAUGGCUUUCUUGUUUACGGUCUUGGGGGAAUGGUACGUGGAACGGAAAGUGAUUGCGAGGGAGACGUGGCUGGGAAUGUUUUUGGUGCUCGGUGGUAUAGCGCUGUGCGUUCAAUCGAAGAAUCAUGUCUAA